CACAUCGAGUUGGCUGCGGCGCGAAACAAACUCGCAUCAAGCCUCGCGCCGCUCGGCACAGCUAACUGCGAUCCCACAGCUCGGAUCGCGUGGUGAAAAUCGACAGGAUUACAGCGGAAGUGUCAUGAGACAGCAAUGACGUGUGCAUGAGGGUGCGAGGGUGGUGACAUAACCUCAACGAUGACGGUCAACGAGUACAAGGAAGCCACCUGUGCCACGGCUGGGGCCCAGGAUGACAUGGAAAUCGAGGAAAACGUCGUUGUGGCCGAGCACCAUCAGAACGAGGCAGAGGGGGAAAACCUGCUAGGGAGAGUUUUGGCAGGAGUCCGACGGGUCAAACCAUGCCUACCGCCUUUUCGCUCGAUGCCGAGUUCCUGUUAAGUGUCCUCGCC